AUAAUUGAUAGUAGUAGUCAGUAUUAUUGUAUUAGUAACCAAACAGCCGCCAAAUAAAGCAGACAACGAACAGAAAAAAAUUUGAUACUACUGGAAGUGAAGCUAAUGGCGGCGUUCUCAGCCACGAUCUCCGACUCUUCACGCUUCCUCUCUUCCACUUCCUUGCCUCACGACGCUGCUAAGCCCAAGCGAAAGAUCUCUGCUUCUUCUUCUCAAUGCCGCCGCUCCUUCUCUCUUCCCAAACCUUUUCCUCUUUUCAGAUUAAGUAUUGUUUCUCAGCGGGGAAGAGGGAAGUCAUUGAAUAUCUGUGUCCAGGCAUCGGUAGCAGAUAUCUCGGUGGAGAAAUCGAUGGAUACGGUUCAUCUUUGCAAGGGAGACAUGUGGGCUGUUCAUAAGUUUGGUGGCACUUGUGUUGGGACCUCCCAAAGGAUCAAGAAUGUUGCAGAUAUAAUUGUUAGUGAUGAUUCAGAAAGAAAGUUGGUAGUUGUGUCAGCCAUGUCUAAGGUGACAGAUAUGAUGUAUGACCUUAUCAACAAGGCACAAUCUCGAGAUGAUUCCUACAUCUCUGCAUUGGAUGCUGUCUUAGAAAAACAUCAGUCAACGGCACUUGAUUUGCUUGAUGGAGAUGAUCUUGCUACUUUCUUAUCUCAAUUGCAUCAUGACGUUAAUAACCUCAAAGCGAUGCUUCGUGCUAUAUAUAUAGCUGGUCAUGUGACGGAAUCUUUCUCAGAUUUUGUUGUUGGACAUGGGGAGUUAUGGUCUGCUCAGAUGUUAUCAUUUGUUGUUAAAAAGAAUGGGCUGGAUAGUAAAUGGAUGGAUACAAGGCAGGUCCUUAUUGUAAAUCCCACCAGCUCUAAUCAGGCUGAUCCUGAUUUCUUGGAAUCCGAAAGAAGACUUGAAAAAUGGUUCUCUCAGAAUCCAUCUAACGUAAUAAUCGCAACCGGUUUCAUAGCCAGUACACCUCAGAAUAUUCCUACGACUUUGAAGAGGGAUGGAAGUGACUUCUCUGCAGCUAUAAUGGGUGCCCUUUUUAGGGCUCGCCAAGUCACAAUUUGGACAGAUGUUGAUGGUGUGUAUAGUGCAGACCCCCGAAAAGUUAGUGAAGCUGUGAUAUUAAGGACGUUGUCUUAUCAAGAGGCAUGGGAAAUGUCAUAUUUUGGGGCAAAUGUUUUGCAUCCUCGCACCAUCAUACCUGUGAUGCGAUAUAAUAUUCCAAUUAUAAUAAGGAAUAUUUUCAAUCUCUCUGCACCUGGGACAGUGAUCUGCCAUAUUGAGACUGAAGGCGAAGAUGGUCAGAGGCUAGAAUCUCCAGUCAAAGGGUUUGCAACAAUAGAUAAUUUGGCAUUAGUAAAUGUUGAGGGAACUGGAAUGGCUGGUGUUCCCGGUACAGCUAGUGCAAUUUUUGGUGCUGUGAAAGAUGUGGGAGCUAAUGUCAUUAUGAUAUCCCAGGCUAGUAGUGAGCAUUCUGUCUGUUUUGCUGUGCCUGAGAAGGAAGUAAAAGCAGUUGCUGAGGCUUUGCAGUCUAGAUUCCGUCAAGCUUUGGAUGCUGGACGUCUUUCUCAGGUUGCAGUCAUUCCUAACUGUAGCAUAUUAGCAGCGGUUGGCCAGAAAAUGGCGAGCACUCCUGGAGUCAGUGCUACUCUUUUCAAUGCUCUGGCAAAGGCUAAUAUUAAUGUUCGUGCUAUAGCCCAAGGUUGUUCUGAGUAUAACAUCACAGUAGUUGUUAAGCGUGAAGAUUGCAUAAGGGCUUUAAGAGCUGUGCAUUCAAGGUUUUAUCUUUCAAGGACAACCAUAGCAAUGGGGAUUAUUGGACCUGGAUUGAUUGGUGGGACGUUACUUGACCAGUUGAGGGAUCAGGCAGCGGUUCUUAAGGAAGAGUUUAACAUUGAUUUGCGUGUUAUGGGGAUUACUGGUUCAAGGACAAUGCUUUUAAGUGAAGUAGGAAUUGACUUGUCGAGAUGGAGAGAACUUCUGACGGAGAAAGGACAAGUUGCUGAUUUAGAAAAAUUUGCUCAACAUGUGCAUGGAAAUCAUUUUAUUCCAAAUACUGUUUUAGUAGAUUGUACGGCUGACUCUAAUGUUGCAAGCUGUUACCAUGACUGGUUGUGUAAAGGAAUUCAUGUGAUCACUCCAAACAAAAAGGCCAAUUCGGGACCACUUGAUAAGUACCUAAGGUUGAGAGCUCUUCAGCGGCAAUCCUACACACAUUACUUCUAUGAAGCAACUGUAGGAGCUGGUCUUCCAAUUGUAAGCACUUUACGUGGUCUCCUUGAAACUGGGGACAGAAUAUUGCGCAUUGAGGGCAUUUUCAGUGGCACUUUGAGUUAUAUUUUCAAUAACUUCACUGGCACUAGAGCCUUCAGUGAGGUGGUGGCUGAGGCAAAAGAGGCAGGUUAUACUGAACCAGAUCCAAGGGAUGAUCUGUCUGGAACAGAUGUCGCAAGAAAGGUGAUAAUUCUUGCCAGAGAAUCCGGCUUGAAAUUGGAACUUUCUGAUAUACCUGUUCGGAGUCUGGUUCCAGAACCAUUAAGAGCUAGUGCAUCUGCUGAAGAGUUUAUGAAGCAAUUACCUCAAUUUGACGAAGACCUGACAAAGGAGAGACAGAACGCUGAGGAAUCAGGGGAAGUCCUGAGAUAUGUUGGAGUGGUGGAUGCUGUUAAUCAAGAGGGACGUGUGGAGCUGCGAAGAUACAGCAAAGAUCACCCAUUUGCGCAGCUCUCCGGUUCAGAUAACAUCAUAGCUUUCACAACUACAAGGUACAAGGAGCAGCCACUGAUAGUCCGUGGACCAGGUGCAGGUGCCCAAGUAACAGCUGGUGGAAUAUUCAGUGACAUUUUGCGGCUUGCCUCAUAUCUUGGCGCACCAUCUUAGGGAAACCGAUACCUUCCAGACCCCAGUUUCUCGUCUUCAUCUUACAGCCAGGUGGGACGUGGUAGUGUUUUAAGCUGUAGUUUUUAUGUAAUCUUAUUGGAGUCUGAAUUUGCGCAUACAACAUAUCUUUGGAGACUGCAAUAGUGAUAGAUUAGUGUUGCUAUGUUGUUUUCGGUUGUAUCAACGCACUAAGUUUGUAGAGAAUGUAGCCAUGCCCUAUGAAUUGUGGAAGUGCAAUUCAGUAGAAGAGUGUGUAUGGCGGCUCCUUUGCCUCUUUUCCUGCCACUUGGGUUAAUUCAAGUGGUAAAGGUGAGGUUGAAUUUAGGUAGAGAUCUCGAAUGAGUUGUAGUGCUCUACUCUUCUAUUAGAGAAUAAAAAUUAUGUUAAUUUUAAAUUGAUUUUUAUUCUGAAAUUAUAAAAAUUACUUAAAA